AGCGGAGCAGAGCCCUGGGGUCAGCAUGUACGCCGCGGUCAAGCACAGCAGCCGGGGCCCCGCCCUCAUCCCGAGGAUGAAGACCAAGCACCGCAUCUACUACGUGGCGCUCUUCUCGGUGGUGCUGCUGGGGCUGCUGGCCACCGGCGUGUUCCAGUUCUGGCCGCACUCCAUCGACGCCUCGGGCGACUGGGCGGUGGAGAAGCGCAGCGUGGCCGUGCCGGUGGUCAGGCUGCCCGGCGACAGCCCGGUGCCCGAGCGCGGCGACCUCAGCUGCAGGAUGCACACGUGCUUCGACGUCUACCGCUGCGGCUUCAACCCCAAGAACAAGAUCAAGGUGUACAUCUACUCCCUGAAGAAGUACGUGAACGAGCUGGGCGUGCCGGUCAGCAGCACCAUCUCGCGGGAGUACAACGAGCUGCUCUCGGCCAUCGCCGACAGCGACUACUAUACCGACGACAUCAGCCGCGCCUGCCUCUUCGUGCCGUCCAUCGACCUGCUGAGCCAGCACGCGCUGCCUAUCCGCGAGACGGCGCAGGCCCUGGCGCAGCUCUCCAGGUGGGAUCGAGGCACAAAUCACCUGUUGUUCAACAUGCUGCCUGGAGGUCCCCCAGACUACAACACCGCCCUGGAUGUCCCCCGAGACAGGGCGCUCUUGGCUGGUGGUGGCUUUUCCACGUGGACUUACCGGCAAGGCUACGACGUCAGCAUUCCUGUCUACAGCCCGCUGUCCGCCGAGGUGGCUCUUCCGGAGAAGGGACCGGGUCCACGGCGAUACCUCCUGCUGUCCUCGCAGAUGGCCAUCCAUCCCGAGUACAGAGAGGAGCUCGAAGCCCUGCAGGCCAAACACGGAGAGGCCGUGCUGGUCCUGGAUAAGUGCACCAACCUCUCCGAGGGCGUCCCUUCCGUCCGCAAGCGCUGCCACAAGCACCAGGUCUUCGAUUACCCCCAGGUGCUGCAGGAGGCGACUUUCUGCGUGGUCCUGCGAGGAGCUCGGCUGGGCCAGGCUGUACUGAGUGACGUGUUGCAGGCUGGCUGUGUCCCUGUUGUCAUCGCAGACUCCUACAUCCUGCCUUUCUCUGAAGUCCUUGACUGGAAGAGGGCGUCCGUGGUGGUACCGGAAGAGAAGAUAGCCGAUGUGCACGGUAUCCUGCAGAGCAUCCCGAGCAGACAGGUGGAAGAGAUGCAGAGACAGGCGCGGUGGUUCUGGGAAGCCUACUUCCAGUCGAUCAGAGCCAUAGCCCUGGCCACGCUGCAGAUCAUCAAUGACCGCAUCUACCCUUACGCGGCAAUCUCCUAUGAGGAGUGGAACGAGCCUCCCGCGGUGAAGUGGAGCAGCGUGAGCAACCCGCUCUUCCUCCCACUGAUCCCACCGCAGUCGCAAGGCUUCACCGCCAUCGUCCUCACCUACGACCGAGUGGAGAGCCUCUUCCGGGUCAUCACCGAGGUGUCCAAGGUGCCCAGUCUGUCCAAGCUGCUGGUCGUCUGGAAUAACCAGAAUAAAAACCCCCCGGAAGAUUCCCUCUGGCCCAAAAUCCGGGUUCCAUUAAAAGUCGUGAGGACUGCUGAAAACAAGCUGAGCAACCGCUUCUUCCCUUACGAUGAAAUCGAGACGGAGGCUGUGCUGGCCAUCGACGACGACAUCAUCAUGCUGACCUCUGACGAGCUGCAGUUUGGCUACGAGGUCUGGCGGGAGUUUCCUGACCGGCUGGUGGGCUACCCGGGUCGCCUGCACCUCUGGGACCACGAGAUGAGUAAGUGGAAGUACGAGUCAGAGUGGACUAACGAGGUGUCCAUGGUGCUCACGGGAGCAGCUUUUUACCACAAGUAUUUCAAUUACCUGUACACCUACAAAAUGCCUGGGGAUAUCAAGAACUGGGUGGACGCGCAUAUGAACUGUGAAGACAUUGCCAUGAAUUUCCUGGUGGCCAAUGUCACAGGGAAAGCUGUCAUCAAGGUCCGAGUGCAUCAACAAGUUCGCCUCUGUCUUUGGGACGAUGCCUCUCAAGGUGGUGGAGCACCGAGCAGACCCCGUGCUGUACAAGGACGACUUUCCGGAGAAGCUGAAGAGUUUCCCCAACAUCGGCAGCUUGUGACGCGUGACAGACGGGUCCGGGCAGGCACUGGCAGGCAGAGGCCAAGGCCCCAGGCACUCGCUACGGGGUACCCAUCUGACCCCUUCUGCAGAACGAUGGGCGCCCCUGAGGUCGCCAAGCAGAAGGAAGCCACUGCGGCACCUGCACGUCACCCUGCCCUGGGGACGGCCUCCCUGACUGCGCCCACUGGGCCAGAGAAGCCCAGCCUCCCGCGUCCCUGUCACUGCGUCUUCCCGGAACAGACAGGCAGGCGCAGUGCAGAGCACAAGACUCUGCCGAGGCCCGGCCCGGCUCCUAUCGGCCCCACAAACCACUCCACUGCACUUGGUGUUUUGAUAAGAUUAAAAUUAUUUUUUACUCCUUUUUCUGUUGUGCUUUAAACACUGAUUCUUGGUUGACCAAGGAACCACCUUUAUGUCUUUAACUCCACCUUCCGGUCUCACUGGACGGGGCUGUCACAGCCAGGAGGUCGCCUCCCUCCGGAGGUCGCCUCCCUCCGGGGAAUCCAUUUGCUUCCUGAUUGGGUCCCCUGAUGUUUUCUAGGUGUGCUGUGGAAAAACAGGCCUUUUAAGAGCCGCGCAAUGAGUAGCCCGGCAGGUACCGUGUUGUAGAACUUGAGGAGUUGUGACCCCCACCCGUCCACAGGGGAUGCCAAAAUUUAGCUCAUUCUUUCGGUGUAAACGUAACAUUAGCCAGAGAUGCUCUGGCUAACAUUAAAUGCUGCUACAACAACCACUUUGCAACAGUUGCCGGUGUAUUUA